AUGGGUUGUGCUGCUACUAAAUAAUCAAAAAAGCCUGCUUCAGAUUCUUUUGAGGCUCAUAUUCAAUAGUCCAAGUUAAAAAGUGAAGAUUCAAAGGCUGAACUUAAAAUAUUUAAAAUCAAUAAAAAUCCAAUUUUAUAAAGAAGAGCCAGCUAAAAAAGCCCUCUAACUAAUGCUGGAUCCUUUCUUAGUAGAAAUAGUUGA